CACGCAGCUCGCUGCUUAGCGGAAUCACAGCCGUGAAAGUGGCGGAGGCGGACAUUGUUGUGGUAACAGUCCAUCUCCGGAGGAUGAGCACAGAUGAUGAUGUACAUAUUUUGAGCGGUGAGCUUUGUUUGUUAUUUAUUUUUUUAUCUAAACAAUGAAUCUUUUUUAAAGAAAAAGGGGGGUAAAGCUGCUGCGCCGUGCGGACUCCUGCAGCUACCGGAGUUCAUUCAGCUGAGGCGAGACAAGCACAGCCCGAUGAGACGAUGCCAGCGGUGUAGAAAUCACAACAUCUGCAGAGUGUGCUUGGUCAAGCCUCCGUGGACUCACCGGGCCUUUGUCCAGAAAAGCCCACGGAGCGGCUGUUGCCUUCAAAAAAAUACUGCGCGGGGAGGAGAAAUAAGGGCUGCUGUGCUCCCGGAGGCCUUUGGAGAAAGCAGCCUGCUGCUGAGAGGAUGACAGAUUGACGUUAAUAGGGGCUUGCGGUGCGUUUUUCACACACGACCUCAUUAAGGCGUUAUCCACGGAGAACAGCACAAAAAGGGACUGAAGUCACAGCCUUGGAGAUAAAGACAAUCUAAAUAAAGACACCACAUGUUUCUGCCUUGAUUUUACCUCCGGUGAUCAAAUACAUUACAUCUGGAUUACAGCGGAUGCAUGUGUUGAGCAUUAAAUAUAGCCACAUCUCAGCGCUUUUAAUAGAUUCUCAGGUACCCAGAGGUGUCGUUUUUUACUGAAAGAAGAAAAAAUGGGUAGCGAAGGUGAGAUAAUAAACAGAGAACUGUCAAAGAUGUCUGACGAGGACUUGCUGGCGUGCUCCAAAGAGGAGCUGGUGAGCCGGUUGCGUAAAGAGGAGUCAGAGAAAAUAUCGGCUCUGAUCCAGCGCGGUCGGCUUAUCAAAGAGGUAAAUAAACAGCUGCAGGGACACCUCCUCGAAAUCAGGGAACUGAAAGUCAUCAAUCAGCGCCUGCAGGAGGAGAACACGGAGCUGCGGGACCUGUGCUGCUUCCUAGACGACGACCGGCUCAAAGUGAAGAAGCUGGCCCGGGAAUGGCAGCUGUUCGGGCAUCACGCAGCCAAAGUGAUGCGGGAGGACCUGGGUGGGUACUUGAAAAAGCUCGCUGACCUGGAGCGCAUGCAGGACGGGCUGGUGAAGGAGAAUCUGGACCUGAAGGAGCUGUGCCUGGUCCUGGAAGAGGAGUGUGUGAGCAGGAGUGACUCCAGUCCAGGAGGUUCCACCGAGCUGAAUCUGCCCUGCAUGGUGGCCCGGGACCUGGGAGAUGGGAGCUCAAGCACAGGCAGCGUGGGAAGCCCAGACCAGCUUCACCUGGUGUGCUCACCUGAUGACUGAUGGCAGGUGUGUGUCAGCAGCUGAGGACUGGAGGGAGACAAAGGUGCUCUGUCAGAUAGUACAAAUUAAUCUGGAGGAUUAAAAAAAAAAGCAUUAGGGCUUUCUGAAUGCUGCAAAGAUUUGUGUGCCACUAGACUUGAGACUCUUUCCACAUUUCAGGACUUUACAAAGACAUUUAUUAGAUGUUUGCCAGAUGAUAACAUGUCUAAAUUUUACAGUGUUUUUUCUAAAGAAUCUCCUGAAAAUUCUCCUUUUUCAGUGGUCUGUUGUUGAGAAAAAAAUGGGACCAAAAAAGUGGGUCACAUAUAUAAAUUUAUCUCAUGCACUGGAUUAGCCUACACUGGUAGAAGCCUUUUUCUCAAUUGCACUGGACAGCGUUAUCUUGGAUCUUGAAAACACAGAUCUAAAGAUUCAUUUCAAUCCAGUUUCGAGCCAUAUUUAGUCCUCUGAAUUCCAAUAGCACUGAAACAAAGGAAACUAUUUGAUAAUUGCUUUUUUUGCUAAUGAUGUGUAAUAUUUUAUGCACUCUCGCUUCCUCAGGACAGGAUUGGAGUGCCAUGUGUGCAUGAUGAUUGUCACCAUUUGUAACAAAGCCUGUGAAGCAGCCUGACGUGAAGGCCCUUUAGGUUUCCUGAGGGGUGGGGCUGCUGAGAAUAAUGUAACACGUGCAGACCUACACACUCACUUUGGAUCAGGCAUGGUAGAUGUUGUUGGACCUCACGCAGAGCUGAACUGAAAAAUAAGUUCUGUCACUAUUUUUAAAAUUCAACUGGAAAACUCUUUGUAUCAAACUGGAAGGUCUACAAGUUUUGGUUGAUUUUUAUUCUGUUUAAGCCGAGCUGUUUAAAUUCUUUUUUUUCUUCUUGUCUUUGUUUUUUUUAAAUGAAGUUGUUGCUGAAUUAUCAUAAGAUUUGUUAGCUUCUUCUUCUGUAACUCAUGCUUUGUAUUUAAUCUGUAACAUUAGGAGCAAACUUAACUUCAGCCCUUCUUUAAUCUUGAUUUGUCUGUAUUAACUAGCUUUACUAACCAGUUUCAGUUUAAACCAUAGCACCUGGAUUACAAGAGGUUUAUUUUGUUGUUAGCUGUUUAUUGGUGGGCUAUGCUCGUAGUGCACUGAAAAUCUUUAAAUACAGUGGCUAUGACACUCGGGGCUGUUCUGACCUUUCUUUGUGUAUUUGCCUUGCAGAAAACAUGCAUUUAACAUGACACACACGACAAAUUGAUUUCUGCAUUUGUUCUGACCUUCGUGUUUGAACCAACUGCGCUUGAUUGAUGCUGCCUUCAUGCCACACUGACUGACGUUAUGGAUAUUCAUCAGUUUUAUUUUUGGAGCCCUAUUUGCACAGUCUGGAGAGCUGAUGGGGGUGGAGGGGGAGUGAUGCUUUUACCCACUUAGUGAUGCACAGACGUCCUUUGACAGCAGCGUACAUACAGAUUUUUUCUCCCUCGUGCUCUCCAGCUCUCAAUCUGACUCUUGUUCCAUCUCCGCCUCUCUGCCUCGCUCAUCCCAUUUUAGCAAUUCAAUGCUCUCUGAGCCGUGUAUGUAUUAGCAAGAGAUUCACUUCAUUUUAGGGUAACAGAGGCCACAGUGUUGAGAGUGGAGCGUCAGAGAGUGGCCAGCAGAGUUUGUCAGCGCAUGGUGCAGUAAUCAAACUCUCUUACUCGCUGCCAUUAAUGAUUAAUUCAGUAUUUAUUACUGUGUCAGGUAUUUUCUCAAUUAACUGAUAUGAAGUAUGGCCUUAACACCCAGAGUCAAAGGGUAAUGUCUUCAAAGUAUUGGAUUUUUUCUGAUCAACAGUCUGAAGAUGUUAAGAUCAAAGACCACAGAAACCUGGAGAAGCUGCAGUCCAGGGGCGGAGCCAGGCAGGGGUCUGGGGUGGCACUGCCCCCAGAACCAAUAAUGAAGCUUAUUGGGGGGUUCUUCGCACAUAAUCAUAGGAGUUAAGAAGUAAUCAGACACAGCUGGGUAUAAUCUUAACAAUCAAUUAAUGUUUAUCAACAGUUAAAAAAUAAUUAA